GGGCCCAGCCCAGAGCCCGUCCCGGGCGCCGGCGAACGAGCUGCGGCCGCGGCGGCAGCGCCAUCCCGGGCCGCGGGCAGCCGCCCCUCGUCCUCCGCGCCCGGAGCUGCCUUCGCCUUCCCGCGGCCCCGCCGCAGCCGGCCUGCGGCGCGCCACGGACGCUGUCCCCUCGGCGGAGCAGAGACCCCUUCUCCUUCUUAGGGGGUGUCGUCUCUGGGAUCGCUGAGCGCUAGGGGUUCAGGAGGCGGGGACGGGAGCGCCGUGACACGCCAUGGCUCAAGCGGCCAAACAGCUGAAGAAAAUCAAAGACAUCGAGGCGCAGGCCCUCCAGGAGCAGAAGGAGAAGGAGGAAUCCAACAGGAAGCGGAGAAACCGCUCCCGUGACCGAAAGAAGAAGGCCGAUGCUGCUACCAGCUUUCUGAGAGCUGCAAGAUCAGGUAACUUGGACAAAGCUUUGGAUCACCUGCGGAAUGGGGUGGACAUUAACACCUGUAACCAGAAUGGGUUGAAUGGCUUGCAUCUGGCCUCUAAGGAAGGCCAUGUGAAAAUGGUGGUUGAACUUCUGCACAAAGAAAUCAUUCUAGAAACAACAACCAAGAAGGGGAACACGGCCCUGCACAUCGCCGCCCUGGCCGGGCAGGACGAGGUGGUCCGGGAGCUUGUCAACUAUGGCGCCAACGUCAAUGCCCAGUCGCAGAAAGGUUUUACACCCCUGUACAUGGCAGCACAAGAGAACCACUUGGAAGUGGUUAAGUUUUUACUGGAAAAUGGAGCUAACCAGAACGUAGCCACGGAAGACGGGUUCACGCCUCUGGCGGUGGCCCUGCAGCAGGGCCACGAAAACGUCGUCGCGCACCUCAUCAACUACGGCACCAAGGGGAAGGUGCGCCUCCCGGCCCUGCACAUCGCAGCCCGCAACGACGACACACGCACAGCGGCGGUGCUGCUGCAGAAUGACCCCAACCCGGAUGUGCUUUCCAAGACGGGAUUCACGCCCCUGCACAUUGCAGCCCACUACGAGAACCUCAACGUGGCCCAGUUACUCCUCAACAGGGGAGCCAGCGUCAAUUUCACGCCACAGAACGGCAUCACGCCCCUGCACAUCGCCUCCCGCAGGGGCAACGUGAUCAUGGUGCGGCUGCUGCUGGAUCGGGGAGCCCAGAUAGAAACCAAGACCAAGGACGAAUUGACACCUCUCCACUGUGCAGCUCGAAAUGGGCACGUGCGAAUCUCAGAGAUCCUGCUGGACCACGGGGCACCAAUCCAAGCCAAAACCAAGAACGGCCUGUCCCCAAUUCACAUGGCGGCUCAGGGAGACCACCUCGACUGUGUCCGGCUCCUGUUGCAAUAUGACGCAGAGAUAGACGACAUCACCCUGGACCACCUGACCCCGCUCCACGUGGCUGCCCACUGCGGACACCACAGGGUGGCCAAGGUCCUUCUGGAUAAAGGGGCCAAACCCAACUCCAGAGCCCUGAAUGGCUUUACCCCCUUACACAUCGCCUGCAAAAAGAACCACGUUCGUGUCAUGGAGCUGCUGUUGAAGACGGGAGCCUCUAUUGACGCGGUCACCGAGUCUGGCCUGACACCUCUCCACGUGGCCUCCUUCAUGGGGCACCUUCCCAUCGUGAAGAACCUCCUGCAGCGGGGGGCAUCGCCCAACGUCUCCAACGUGAAAGUGGAGACCCCGCUACAUAUGGCAGCCAGAGCUGGGCACACGGAAGUGGCCAAAUAUUUACUCCAGAACAAAGCCAAAGUCAACGCCAAGGCCAAGGAUGACCAGACCCCACUUCACUGUGCAGCUCGCAUCGGCCACACAAACAUGGUGAAGCUCCUGCUGGAAAACAAUGCCAACCCCAACCUGGCCACCACUGCUGGGCACACGCCCCUGCACAUCGCAGCCCGUGAGGGCCACGUGGAAACAGUCCUGGCCCUUCUGGAAAAGGAAGCAUCCCAGGCCUGCAUGACCAAGAAAGGAUUUACCCCUCUGCACGUGGCAGCCAAGUACGGGAAGGUGCGGGUAGCAGAGCUGCUGCUGGAGCGGGACGCACACCCGAAUGCGGCUGGAAAAAAUGGCCUGACCCCCCUGCACGUGGCCGUCCAUCACAACAACCUGGACAUCGUCAAGCUGCUGCUUCCCCGGGGUGGCUCCCCGCACAGCCCCGCCUGGAAUGGCUACACCCCUUUGCACAUCGCUGCCAAGCAGAACCAGGUGGAGGUGGCCCGCAGUCUGCUGCAGUAUGGGGGCUCAGCAAACGCCGAGUCGGUGCAAGGUGUGACGCCCCUUCACCUGGCCGCCCAGGAGGGCCACGCAGAGAUGGUGGCUCUGCUGCUCUCGAAACAAGCCAACGGCAACCUGGGGAACAAGAGUGGACUCACUCCUCUCCAUCUGGUAGCACAAGAAGGCCACGUUCCAGUGGCAGACGUGCUGAUCAAACACGGCGUCAUGGUGGAUGCCACCACCCGGAUGGGCUACACUCCCCUCCAUGUGGCCAGUCACUACGGAAACAUCAAGCUGGUGAAGUUUCUGCUGCAGCACCAGGCAGAUGUAAACGCCAAGACCAAGCUAGGAUACAGCCCCCUGCACCAGGCAGCCCAGCAGGGACACACAGACAUCGUGACUCUGCUUCUGAAAAACGGUGCUUCCCCAAACGAGGUCAGCUCGGAUGGAACCACACCUCUGGCCAUAGCCAAGCGCUUGGGCUACAUUUCUGUCACUGACGUGCUCAAGGUCGUCACGGAUGAAACCAGUUUCGUGUUAGUCAGUGAUAAGCAUCGGAUGAGUUUCCCUGAGACAGUUGAUGAGAUCCUGGAUGUCUCGGAAGAUGAAGGAACUGCUCAUAUAACUAUAAUGGGGGAAGAACUCAUCGGCUCCAAGCCUGAGAGGCCGGAUUCCAGGGAUGUCGAUGAAGAGAAGGAGCUCCUGGAUUUUGUGCCAAAGCUAGACCAAGUGGUGGAAUCUCCAGCCAUCCCCAGGAUUCCCUGUGUCACACCUGAGACAGUGGUGAUCAGGUCAGAAGAGCAGGAGCAGGCAUCUAAAGAGUAUGAUGAGGACUCCCUCAUCCCCAGCAGUCCGGCCACCGAGACCUCAGACAACAUCAGCCCGGUGGCCAGCCCGGUGCACACAGGGUUUCUGGUGAGCUUCAUGGUCGACGCCCGGGGUGGUUCCAUGAGAGGAAGUCGCCACAACGGCCUGCGAGUGGUGAUCCCACCACGGACGUGCGCGGCGCCCACCCGCAUCACGUGCCGCCUGGUCAAGCCCCAGAAGCUCAGCACGCCGCCCCCACUGGCCGAGGAGGAGGGCCUGGCCAGCAGGAUCAUCACGCUGGGGCCCACAGGGGCACAGUUCCUGAGCCCUGUAAUUGUGGAGAUCCCGCACUUUGCCUCCCAUGGCCGAGGAGACCGGGAGCUCGUGGUUCUGAGGAGUGAAAACGGCUCCGUGUGGAAGGAGCACAGGAGCCGCUAUGGAGAGAGCUACCUGGAUCAGAUCCUCAACGGGAUGGACGAAGAGCUGGGGAGCCUGGAGGAGCUGGAGAAGAAGAGGGUGUGCCGAAUCAUCACCACCGACUUCCCGCUAUACUUUGUGAUCAUGUCGCGGCUCUGCCAGGACUACGACACCAUCGGUCCCGAAGGGGGCUCCCUGAAGAGCAAGCUGGUGCCCCUGGUACAGGCAACGUUCCCGGAGAAUGCAGUCACCAAGAGAGUGAAGCUGGCUCUGCAGGCCCAGCCUGUCCCAGAUGAGCUUGUCACUAAGCUCCUGGGCAACCAGGCCACAUUCAGCCCCAUUGUCACUGUGGAGCCCCGGCGCCGGAAGUUCCACCGCCCCAUCGGACUUCGGAUCCCGCUACCUCCUUCCUGGACCGACAACCCGAGGGACAGCGGGGAGGGAGACACCACCAGCCUGCGCCUGCUUUGCAGCGUCAUUGGAGGAACAGACCAAGCUCAGUGGGAAGACAUAACAGGAACCACCAAACUUGUAUAUGCCAACGAGUGCGCCAACUUCACCACCAAUGUCUCCGCCAGGUUUUGGCUGUCAGACUGUCCUCGGACUGCUGAGGCUGUGAACUUCGCCACCCUGCUGUACAAAGAGCUCACCGCAGUGCCCUACAUGGCCAAAUUCGUCAUCUUUGCCAAGAUGAAUGACCCCCGAGAGGGGCGCCUGCGCUGCUACUGCAUGACGGAUGAUAAAGUGGACAAGACCCUGGAGCAGCAUGAGAACUUCGUGGAGGUGGCCCGGAGCAGGGACAUAGAGGUGUUGGAAGGAAUGUCCCUCUUUGCAGAACUCUCCGGGAACUUGGUGCCUGUGAAGAAAGCUGCCCAGCAGCGGAGCUUCCACUUCCAGUCAUUUCGGGAGAACCGUCUGGCCAUACCUGUAAAGGUGAGGGACAGCAGUCGAGAGCCGGGAGGGUCCCUGUCAUUUCUGCGCAAGGCGAUGAAGUACGAGGACACCCAGCACAUACUCUGCCACCUGAACAUCACCAUGCCCCCCUGCAGCAAGGGAAGCGGAGCUGAAGACAGGAGAAGGACGCCGACACCCCUGGCCCUGCGAUACAGCAUUCUCAGUGAGUCCACACCAGGUCUUCUCAGUGGGACAGACCAGGCAGAGAAAAUGGCUGUUAUCUCAGAGCACCUCGGUCUCAGCUGGGCAGAGUUGGCCCGGGAGCUGCAGUUCAGUGUGGAAGACAUCAACAGGAUCCGAGUGGAAAAUCCCAACUCCCUGUUGGAGCAGAGCGUGGCCUUGCUGAACCUCUGGGUCAUCCGUGAAGGCCAAAACACAGACAUGGAAAAUCUGUGCACAGCCCUGCAGAGCAUCGACCGUGGCGAGAUCGUGAACAUGCUGGAGGGUUCUGGCCGACAGAGCCGCAACUUGAAGCCAGACAGGCGGCACACGGACCGCGACUACUCGCUGUCACCCUCCCAGAUGAAUGGUUACUCCUCGCUGCAGGACGAGCUGCUGUCCCCUGCCUCCCUGGGCUGUGCGCUUUCCUCUCCGCUACGUGCAGACCAGUACUGGAACGAGGUGGCCGUCCUAGACGCCAUCCCCUUGGCGGCCACGGAGCAUGACACCAUGCUGGAGAUGUCUGACAUGCAGGUGUGGUCCGCGGGCCUCACGCCUUCCCUGGUCACUGCUGAGGACUCCUCUCUGGAGUGCAGCAAGGCUGAGGACUCUGACGCCACAGGUCACGAGUGGAAGUUGGAGGGGGCACUCUCAGAGGAACCACGGGGCCCCGAGUUGGGCUCUCUGGAACUUGUGGAGGACGACACAGUGGAUUCAGAUGCCACAAAUGGCCUUAUCGAUUUGCUUGAACAGGAGGAAGGUCAGAGGUCAGAAGAGAAGCUGCCAGGUUCUAAGAGGCAGGAUGACGCGACAGGUGCAGGGCAGGACUCAGAGAAUGAAGUGUCUCUUGUUUCAGGCCAUCAGAGGGGGCAAGCCCGAAUCACAUACUCCCCCACCGUGAGUCAGGUGACGGAGAGGAGUCAGGACAGACUGCAGGACUGGGAUCCAGACGGCUCCAUUGUCUCAUACCUGCAAGAUGCUGCACAAGGUUCCUGGCGAGAGGAGGUCACGCAAGACCCACACUUAUUCCAGAGAACGAGCACCACGACCGAAGGGCUAGAGCCCAGUGGAUCUCAGGAGUCCGAGAACGUCCUGGUGUCUGUAAGCGAGCACACGCGGACAGAACAGCCCGAGGCUGAGAGCUCCCAGGCCGAUAGGGACCAGAGGCAGCAAGGUCAAGGAGAGCAGGUGCAGGAGGCCAGGAACACCUUCACCCAGGUGGUGCAGGGAAAUGAGUUUCAGAAUAUUCCAGGGGAGCAGGUGACAGAGGAGCAGUUCACGGAUGAGCAGGGCAACAUUGUCACCAAGAAGAUCAUUCGCAAGGUGGUUCGGCAGAUAGACUCGUCCAGCGCCGACGCUGCCCAGGAGCACGAGGAGGUGGAGCUGAGAGGGAGUGGCCUACAACCGGACCUGAUAGAGGGCAGGAAAGGGGCGCAGAUAGUGAAGCGGGCCAGCCUGAAAAGGGGGAAACAGUGACCCCGAGCUGCUCUCCUUGGAGUAGCCUCUUGGGAGGAUCACACCUCGACACCCAACCCCUGAACCCCACACACUCUGCCAUGCACACAGGAGGAGAGCUGGACCUGAGGGCCACUGCAGCGGUGCACACGUUCCUCUGGGCUGACGGCAUGACCUCUGUAAGGGACUCCCGCUAGUCCCCUCUUCGCAUGAAUGACUGACUGUAGACGCAUGACCUCCAGGCUUCAAUCCUGCCUCUUGCAAUGACAGCUGAUCUGUCGGAACCAGGACACAAAAGGAGCAAGAAGCGGGGAGAGAGAGGGAUAGAAAACAGGCGCGGGAGAGCGUGUGAACGCAAAAGUGAAUGAGGGCUUUUUGUGGCUGGGGAUGGGUUUUGGUUUUUGGGGUUUUUUUGUAGUUGUUUUGACUUCAUACAGGGUACUUUUUCUCGACCUCAUCUGUCAGAAAUCCAUGUGGGCUUCCUGGAAAGAAAAAAAAGAAAGAAAGAAAGAAAAAAAACUAGGCAUGAAAUCAGUUUAGCCACCUUAGUCUUAAGCCAUGUCCUCAUCUGCCCACCCUCCCCGACCCAACCUACACACCUCCAUUCCACUUGUGACACCCCCUCCACUCCCUGGUGACGCUCCUGCCAGAUCGCUCUACAUGACAUUCAGGACACACACACACACACACACACACACACACACACACACACCCCACUCGCCUCCACUGAAUCUACACACAGAUUUUACUGUGACUUCUGAAGCUGUAUAGAUUCUGCUGUGGAUAAACUGGAAUUUUUUAUGUUGUCUCUCUCUCUCUCUCUGCCAAUUUCAGUACAAGUCAUCUUCCAACGGAAAAUCAUUACCUUGAGAGUGCAUUCGGGGUUCCUUGUGUUAGGGACUUAAGAAUCUGAGGCGAGGACUCCCAGGCUUACCUGUAGGGCUCAAAGGGAGCCAGGACCCCAUCUGAAAGGGUCUCCUCUCUCAGUCAGGGGACGGGCCGGUGGCUGACCCAGGAUUGCACCAGCAUGUCCAUAGAGAAGAGGUUUUCUAUAUCUUCAAGCACUAUAUCAUAGUCUGUGUCCAAAGUGUAAACUGUACAGUAAUCAGCCUUGUGUAUAUGAAAAACAAUAAAUACUAUGCAAACCAAUAGAAACAUUUAGCAGUAUGUACAGAGCCUGACAGCACAGCUCCUGAGGACUUCUGUGGCUUCAGGAGAAGGAGCUGUGGCCUGCCUUUCAGUGAAAGAGGAAGGAAAGGAGUAGGGCUAGUGAAUGUAUCUGCCAGUUCUUAGAAGUCAGGACCACCCAAGGUCUCCCAGAGUGAACUUGGUGCUCUAAGUCCAGGCAGCCUGCAGGCUGGGGGCCCUGGGUGCAGGUGGCAGGCUCGAGGCUGUUCCCUGUCUGCCUCGGUGCCUCCCCUCUGCCCAGCCCCUGUGGCCUCUUGGAGAGGCCAGUCAGGGGGCUCUCUGGAUCGCAUGACCAGUGGUAGCAGAGUCGGUGGCAGAGAGCCUGGACGCCAAGAGGCCAGGGCCAGGCUCUGGGUCAGGGCAGAAAGGAGACAGACAGCUGGCAGUUCCUCGCCUCGGUGCCAUCAGGGAGGAGCCUUAAGUUCCACUAGAGCCUCCGGCCCAGGGAGGCCCCAAUCAGCACAAUCCCUGCCCGCCCUCGCGGCGGGCGUCCCCAGGGCCAGGAGAGAGAGACAGGGCUGGCUCCUCUCGACCCCGGAGCCGCGGUGUGGACGGCCUGGCCCCGUCCCCCCCGCCGCUCUGCGGGAGUGUCCUCGGGACACACUUAAACCUUCCAAGUAGCACAGAAGCCCCCUCCACGUCAGAGGCCCCCUGGCCGCGGGGCCUGUAAGCGGAGAGGGGCCCUGCCUCCCCCACAAGUCUGCCCCGAUGCACCCAGGGCCGAGCAGGCCCCGGGGCGGCCGAGGCACCUUGUCUGCCGGGGGCGGGGCUGCUUUUGCUUCCUUAGAGGGGCGGGCAGGGAGAGGAGGCUCUAGCUCCGGGCCUCAGUUUCCCCGAGGCUGCCUCUGAAGAGCUGCAGGGCGAGCCUGGACGGCUGCCGUUGCCGCCAGAGGCCACCCCGGCCCGGCCUCCAGGGCGCAGAGGCGCCCCCAUCCUUCCCCCCAUCCCGGGGGCCACGGCAGGGCGGUCGCGCAGCGCGGCUGGGACCGAUUCGAUGACGGCCCAAGGAAGCUGGGCGCAGGGCUCGCCUCUCCCGCCUCGAUCCUGCACCUUCCUCUCCCAGGUCGCCGCUGCAGCCAACCCAGUAGCCCCCUUAGCGCCCCCGCGGGCCCCGCGGCUCCAGGCUCCGCUUUGGCACCUCUGCUCCGGCUGGCAUGGCUGCACGCUCCGGCUGCUAGUAGGAGCCGUUAGGGGAGGAGUUUGGGGUCUCCACACGAUGCCUAGAGAAUGCUGCAGUCUGCACAUUAGACGCUUUUUAGAAGUUUUGAAAUUACCUUGAUUUUUUUAAUUGUUAUGAAAAUGGAUCUUUUCUUGACUCUCCCACAUGCUCUGUUAUGGGAGAGAAUCCCCUACCCCACUCUGAUGUAUAGACCAUUCUCCCUACACCAGCCGAACCAAUGUCAAAAUUAAUAAAGAAAUGGACUAAUGGCA